GCGCACAGGGACAGGAGGAGUGGAUCUGGCUGCAGCUGAUAUAUUCUCAUGAUGUAAUGCUGCCUGUUUGGUGACUCCGGAUGGCUGUUUGCGCGCGGCUCUGCGGAGUGGGCCAGUCCCGAAGGUGCCGCAGGCGUCAGCGGCAGAACCAGCAGGACCAGUGCAGCGAUUCGGACAUGGACGAGGAGGAAGAGGAGCGAAUCGUAGCGCUGAGGCAGAGCGACGUGUGCGGAGGCCCGGAGAGCGCACGCACCGUCACUGCAGGGCCCCGUGACGCGCCUGGACCCCUGCGCCCGAGAGCUCUGUCCGAACUACCGCCCGAGCUUCUGGUGGAGAUAUUCUCUACGCUCCCCGGGACAGUAUUACCGAAUGUCGCGCUCGUUUGCAAGAAAUUCAGGCAGAUUCUGAACACAGAAACCAUUUGGAGAAGACGGUGCGUGGCAGAGUUCGGAAUGAAGGAGGAUCUGCGAAAAAUGGAAGUGGGGGCAGUGUCCAGCAGAGACCUUUAUGUUAAACGUGUCAUUCCGAGGGUGAAGUCUGGGCGCUUUAUGAAGCUCCUCCCGGAUUACGAGCACAUGGACUAUAAAGAUGUGUACACACACUUGCUUCAUCCUUACAGGCAUAUUUUGGGCAUAUGGCAGCCUGACAUCGGGCCUUACGGAGGACUCCUCAAUGUUGUAGUGGAUGGGCUCUUUAUCAUUGGCUGGAUGUAUUUACCACCUCACGACCCACGAGUAGAAGAUCCAAUGAGAAGACGGCCCCUCUUCCGGAUUCACCUGUGGGAAAGUAAAAAGGCUACAGUUGAAUGCAUGUACGGGCACAAAGGGCCGCAUAAAGGAGAUAUUCAGACUGUCAAGAAGGACGAGUUCUCCACAAAAUGUAAUCAGACUGAUCACCACCGCAUGCCUGGAGGCCGGCAAGAGGAGUUCAGGACGUGGCUGGAGGAAGAAUGGGGACGAACACUGGAAGAAAUUUUUCAUGAGCACAUGCAGGAGCUCAUCCUAAUGAAGUUUAUUUAUACUAGUCAAUACGAUAAUUGUCUUACAUAUCGGCGGAUAUAUCUACCACCUCCGCUGCCUUCAGCCCUGCUACAGCCAGGCCUUUUUAAGGGCACCUAUGGCAGCCACGGCCUGGAGAUUGUUAUGUUGAGUUUCCAUGGGACGUCGGCAAGAGCCACUAAGCUCACAGGAGACCCCAAUGUUCCUGCUGGACAGCUCACUUUAGACGUCGACCUGAGCCGACCUGUCGUUCUUCCGGACCUGGAGAGCCAGCGCAGUAUCGAGGAGCUGUCCCGUCUGGUCCUGGGGGUGCAUGCCGAGGUGCAGAGGGAGAUGGAACAGCAGGCGAAGGAAGCCUCUACUGCAGCUAGCACCAGCACAGAAGAAGGUGCGUGUGGCGGAGAAGAGAGAAGUCCAGACCAAAGUGCUUCCUCAGAAAACUGCCAGCCAGAGUCCAGCGGCAGCAGUAAUCCACCUGAACUCCAGCCCUUUGUUCUGCCUUUGGGGGUGAUGGCUCGCAAUGAAGUGUACCCCCGCACCUGCAGGAAGUGUUUUUAUGGUACUGGCCUGAUCGCUGGACAUGGAUUCACGAGUCCGGAGCGCACCCCAGGGCUCUUUGUGCUAUUUGACCAGGACCGAUUUGGUUUCAUCUGGCUGGAGCUGAAGUCUUUCAGUUUGUACAGCCGCCUCACGGACCACCUGCCCCACGCUCAGGCCCCUAACAUGGAGCGCUUUGAGGCCAUGCUGCGCAAUAUGCAGUCCUGGACAUCCUGAUGCAUCCAGCUUUAAGUCUACAGUGACGUGCAUAUGGAGCUGUGACCCACCACUUGGUUCUGGAAGUAAAUUUCACAGUUAUUUUUGUCAUAGACGUUCUGAAAAAAAAAUGAUAUUACAGUUUUGGAAGGUUGCUUGAGGCGAAUCAGCUAUGUGGUAACUCAUGAUCACAAGACUUAUCAUGGUAUUUAAAAUCUGUUUUUGAAACUUUAUAAACGGCUGAGUUGCUGGAACAUUUGGCAGAACUGUGUGUGAUUUCUCAGUCGUCCAGGUGUGAUCCAUAACAAAAGAAAAAUUCAAAUCUGUCGACUGUCCAAGCAAAUGUGUGGCUUGGAUGAGCAGCGCAACGUCUUUACUCCUAGAACUUUUUAUCCAUUUGACAGAUUUGGGUUUUCCUUUAACUAUUUGGCAAAAUCGUAAGUGUUUAAAGUGUUUUUUGACUUGAAAACAACCGUGUUAUGGACAUUCGUUACCACGCAGCUGGUUCGCCUCCUUUGGACCUUUUAAACUAUUAAUAUUUGAAUUUUCCGGGAAGUCUAUGGGAAAAAACAACGCCGGAACAGCAUGGGACUCCGAAGUGAGCGGGACAGUCGAGCUCCAUUGGCCCUAUGAAUGCACGUGUCGCCUCCUUUGUCCUUUCGCUUGACAAUGUUACGACCGCAUUUGCUGUUGACCUUAACACCACUGGUUAUAUCUUUGUUAGCAUCAAUAUACCCUUUACUGUCGAAUUAAGCUAGUUGCGUCACCUCACGUUUUGCGCCAAUCUUCCUCAAAUAGCUCUUUCGAUUGGUCUGUCUCAUCCGCAUUUCUCACCUCGUAUGACCUUACGAAUAACACCAGGCAGCAUGAUCAGGUCACUAUAAAUACGUCUAUUUAUCCCCCGCCCGAAGAAAGUGAAUGAGCAUUCUUAACUCUUCUUAUUGAUAGAAGUGUACGUGCCUCUGACUAUUACAAUCAUGUCUGUACUUGAUAGUGCUUGAAGGCCUCUAAUGUAUUCUACAAUUAUAGUAUUUCACUUGUUAUUUUGCAUGUUGCCUAUUAUUCAUAUUACGGUAUUAUAUCUGACCCGGUAUCAUUAAUUACACGACAUUUCGGUUAACAGACAGUAUUAGACUUAUUUUAUCUUCGCCACAAGUCAUUAAAACACAAAAUAUCUAUGUAAAUACAGUAUAAAGUAGAAGUAUACUUUUCUACUAAUGUACAACGGCCUAGUGAUCAUGUAAAGUGGACUUUAUGAUAACUUUUUCUUGGCUGCAGAUCGCUUUCUUAGAGUGAUAUGAUAUUGAUCUUUGGACCCUUCUGUAGUGAGAUAUACUUGACAAUGACAACACUUCUACCACGCCCAACACAUUACACGGGUCAAAAGUGUACCGGUGUUUAGUAAUAGCCUAGAGAUAAGCUGUAUUUAUUUAAUGUAUCAAAAUAUACAAUUUAUGUGCUUUUGACGAGGUGUCUUAUCUUAACAAAGUAUUGCAUUAGGUGUUUGUUUCAAAUUGGCUGACACGAUGUUCGUAUGGCUGCGCAUCUUCAUGAAGUUAUCGUUGAGUUUUGCCAAAAAAAUAUAACUGUGCAAGCUUAAAGGGCCCAUAUUACACGAUUUUCUGAUCUAUGUUAUGUUGUUUCCUCGCCAAAACAGACCUGGAGUUGUGUUUUGCUUGAUUUUACAGGUUUAACGCACAAACACACCUGCAUAUUUAGGCAAACAGAAAACACUCUGUUCCACCUUGUGAUGUCAUCAUGUGGCAAUACAGGAAGUGCUGCACUGUGGGGUUUUUUUUCCAACUCCAUACGCCUUCACUAGAAUCAUUUGGAUAAUUUCAGCUCUGGAAUUGCCAAUCUCUACUGAACUAAAGGUAAAAGGAGCUGUUAACUUGAAAACUACCACUUCAUGACAUCACAAGGUGGAACAGAGCAUUUUGAGCUUAGACAGACUAAUAAAGUGUUACUCAAACAUGUGUGAGUGAAACAAAACACAACUCCAGGUCUGUUUUUGAGGAGGUAACAGCCUUUUAACAUGGCUUAAAGCUCACAAGAGUAAGUUUUGCAUAAUAUAGGACCUUUAACCUAAUUUAGCAACCGAUACUAAAGUGCAGCUCCGAGUUGCGCUCUAUAUGUAACUUUUCUGGUAGAGGCACGUUACUGGCCUGUCCGCACGUAUAUGUUAUUGCUUCGUAUUCCAGGAAAUCAGUAUCAUCUACAUGAAGAUAAGGAGCUGGUGGAGCCUCUGCCUGAAACGCUACGUCGUGUCCCUUUGAGUAAAAGUCUGUCUGUCUCAUUAUGGCCUGAUGGUAACGCCCAGUAGCUUUUUAUCUACUCCAAGUGCACUUUUCUGGGCUGUAAUCCAUUCAGAACCACUGGCCUGCACUUUGAAAAUGACAACAGCUUUACUCAUUUGUGCAAAAUUUUGUCAGCUCAUUUUGUCAGCUAUUUUAUUAAUUUAUUGAAAUUUUAAUGUGUUUGUUGUAUUCCUUGUGUGAACCCGUGCGACCCAUAUGUACACAGCUUUCAGAAUGAUUUGCCUUUGAUUGUCUAGUUUACAUGUUCUGCUUUUAAUGCCACUAGCCUAGUCUAAAUUUGAUCCAUUGAAUUGCUCACUUCAAACUUCAGGGAGUUUUGAGCUUAAGCGCUAUUCUCGGUAAAUAAAUUUUAAAAUCAACAAAA